AUGCUGCAGACCAUACCACUGCCGGUCCUUCUCACGCUGAGCGCCACCACGCUGGCGGUGACCUCCGCCGAGUACCGGCCAUGCGAGCCGCUCAAGUUCAACCAUGACAGCGUGGUGUGCGCCUGCAACGCCACCUACUGCGACAACCUGCCGCCGCUGCCGGCGCCGGCCGCCGGUACAGCCGUUGUGGUCACCUCCUCCCGCGCCGGUGCUCGCUUCCAGCGAGUCUCGGCCGCGGCGGCGCGCCAGCAGGUGCUCGGCUUCGGCGGGGCUUUCACCGACGCGGCCGGCGUGAACCUGGCGCAGCUGCCGGCCGCGGCGCGCGCGCGGCUCAUCGGCUCGUACUAUGGUGCCGACGGCAUCGGCUACAGCGUCGCGAGGGUGCCAAUGGCCGGCUGCGACUUCUCCACUCGACCUUACACCUACGACGACGUGCCCGGCGACACGGCGCUCGCCAACUUUUCCCUCACGCGGGAGGACACUGAGUACAAGCUGCCCUACCUGCAGCUGGCGCUCAACCUCACGGCCGGCAAGGUGCGCGUCUUCGCCUCGCCGUGGUCGGCGCCAGCGUGGAUGAAGAGCAACAACGCGUUGAACGGGCGCGGGCACCUCCUGCCCGAGUACUACCAGACGUGGGCCGACUACUUCGUGCGUUUCCUGGAGGAGUACGAGGCCGCCGGCGUGCCCAUAUGGGGCGUGACCACGCAGAACGAGCCCGUCGAUGGUCUCGUGCCCGGAUUUUCUUUCAACUGCAUGGGAUGGACCGCCGAGACGCAGGGCUCCUGGGUGCGGGAUAACCUGGGGCCGACGCUCCGCGCCUCCGCCUUCAACGCCACGAAGGUCAUGAUCUUGGACGACCAGCGCGAGAUGCUGCCGGCCUGGGCGGAUGUCGUGCUCGCCGACGAGGAGACGGCUAGCUACGUGGACGGCAUUGCGAUACACUGGUACGGCGAUCCGUUCUUCCCGGCCAGCGCGCUGACGGCGACGCACGACCGCCAUCCGAACAAGUUUCUGCUCAACACUGAGGCAUGCGAGGGCUCUUACCCGUGGGAGCCGCAGAAGGUGGAACUGGGCAGCUGGCGGCGCGCGCAGACGUAUGCGGCCGACAUCAUCCGCGAUCUCAACCACUGGGUCACCGGCUGGGUCGAUUGGAACAUCGCGCUCGACAUGAACGGUGGUCCCAACUGGGUCAGCAACUUCGUCGACUCGCCUGUCAUUGUGGACGCCGAGCAACAGCGCUUCUACAAGCAGCCCAUGUUCUACGCUAUGGGCCACUUCGCCGCCUUCCUGCCGCCCGGCUCGACGGUGGUGGAUGCCGCCUCGGAAGAGGGCCAUGUGCUGGCCAUGGCUGCACUGACACCCGACGGUCAUAUGGUGGCGACCCUGCUCAACCAGGCCGACCAAGAGGCCGAAAUCAGCCUCACCGACCCGGUCAAGGGUCACCUGGAUCUGACGCUGCCCGCGGCCAGCUUGACCACCGUCAAGUGGCAGCACGAGCAGUCGGGGGCGGGGAGAUGAGCUGAAGGCCAGCUCUGAACGGACGGACGCUUAAAUUGACGGAGUGGAAUCAUUGUAUUGAUCUUAAAUGGACACGGAUUUUCGACAUAAACAUGGCGGACUAAUGGCCUUGGUGUUCCGUCAUAGUGAGCUUUUGUGCUAAAAGUGCCUGACUUCUAGCACACCAGGGGCACUGGUUAAAUACAAAAUUAAGAAAGCAUUACGAUAUGUAGCUGGAAUUUAACGUACAACAUAGAGGACUGUGCGAUCCCCAGCAAAGAAUAAUCUCGCAACAUAUCACGGUGACAACAUGAUAUUUUCGUUUAUACAAUGUCUUCGGGUGCGAAGAAGGUUAGUUUUUUUCCGGCAUAACGUUUCACAAGGCCCAUCUGCUUAGCCUGUUCUGCGCAUGAGUAUCGAUUAUAGGGAAGAAAGAGAGAUGCUAGGUGGAGCUACGGCUAACGUGAUACUUGAGUACGCAUAUAAGCGGACAGAAACGGCAAUAACGUUUGUGUUGCCUUCUUUCAGCUGGUUAUCAUCAUACAUGUCAGAAUUGUCGCAAACAUGAGCCAUUUUACUGUGGCUUUCAUCUUAUUCAACACUUUAUCAGGUGUAAAGCACGCAUCAUAACAAGUGUCUUAUUUUUCGUAACGACUAAAACAGCCUCGGUGGCAGGCGAAUAAAUCACACGAAGAUGUCAAAGAAAAUCGGUUAGCCUUCAAGUAUUACGUGAUUUUCGAGACGAAGAGCAUUGAUGUGGUUAGAAAUCGCAACAAAAUCAAAACAGUGCGUUUUACUCAGCGCCGUAACCACACAGUUCAUUACCAUUGGUGGUACAUUGAGCCUUUCCGAGUACAA